AAAAUAUCAUGAAUCGCAAGGAUAUAGGAGUUUGAGAACUCAAGAUGUAGGAAUAGAUGACGAUCAAACAGUUAGCGAAAACGACCAGAUAGAUACUACAGAUGCCGAGACACCAAAUUUUCGAAAACCUAUCUCGAUGGCAGAUGAUCCUAAAUAUGCACCACCUACGAACAUUGGCGAUUUUUUAUCUAGGUCGAAGAAACUAAUACCGUUCCUUUGGCCAGCACACGAUGUAAAAUUACAAGUCCUGAUCGUUAUUUGUAUACUACUUUUGAUUGCGGGCCGCGUGGUCAAUGCAAUGCUUCCUUAUCAAAGCAAAGUGAUCAUAGAUCGAAUGACAGCUGGUGAAACAAUAUGGAAAGAAAUAUUGAUUUUUGUGGGUUUAAGAUUCUUACAGGGCGAUGUGGGAUUAAUAAAUACGAUCCAAAGUCUUUUAUGGAUUCCUGUUGGGCAGUUUACAACAAGAGAGAUUUCCGUAAAAAUGUUUGAGCAUUUGUUAAAUCUGUCAUUACGAUUUCAUCAUAAUCGUAAAACUGGUGAAAUAUUACGCGUCCAAGAUCGAGGUGUUUCUUCCAUAGUUUCUAUACUUUCUUCUAUUCUCUUUAAUAUUGUUCCAACUCUUGUUGAUAUCGCCAUUGCUAUAAUUUACUUUACUCUGGCAUUCGACCUCUAUUUUGGAAUGAUUGUGUUCAUAACCAUGUCUUUGUACAUAAUUAGUACUAUUAUUAUGACUGAAUGGAGGACAAAGUAUAGGAGAUUAACGAAUCAAUUAGAUAAUGCAAUGGAAGCUAAGGCAGUCGAUUCAUUGUUAAAUUAUGAGACUGUUAAAUUAUAUGCUGCAGAGCCUUUUGAGGUGGAUCAAUAUACACACGCGAUCCUCGACUAUCAAAUGGCUGAUCUAAAGUCCAACAUGACUUUGUAUAUUCUCAAUACUGCGCAGAAUGUGACUAUUCAAUUUGGACUCUUGGCUGGGUUACUGUUAUGUGCGAUCCGAAUUGCUAAAAAUGAGAUGUCGAUUGGAGAUUUCGUUAUGUAUCUUUCUUACAUAUUGCAACUGUAUGCACCCCUUAAUUGGUUUGGUAAUUAUUAUCGUACGAUUCAAAAAAAUUUUGUUGAUAUGGAAAAGAUGCUUGACCUUCUCCAAGAACCACCAGAAAUUGAAGAUUUACCCCAAGCUGCGCCUUUAGUUGUAAAAAAGGGAGAGGUAGUUUUCGAUAACGUGUCCUUUAGUUAUGAUUCAAAAGUUCCAACUCUAAGGAACAUUUCAUUUUCUAUUCCGGGCGGUUACACUGUUGCUUUGGUGGGUCCAUCAGGUGGUGGUAAAUCAACAAUUUUGCGCUUACUUUUUCGAUUUUACGACGUACAAACUGGAUGUAUUCUUGUUGACGGGCAAGAUAUUCGUCAUGUUAAACAACGAGAUUUGAGAAAUUGCAUAGGAGUUGUUCCUCAGGACACAGUUUUAUUUAACGAUACGAUCAAAUAUAAUAUUCGUUAUGGUAAAAUUGGGGCUACUGAUAGACAAGUUGAAGAAGCAGCCAGUGCAGCUCAAAUUCAUGAUAAAAUAUUAGGAUUUCCUGAAGGGUACGAAACUAAAGUUGGAGAAAGAGGUUUGAGACUUUCGGGCGGUGAGAAACAACGAGUUGCUAUCGCGAGAACUUUAUUAAAGAAUCCACAAAUUGUUUUACUCGACGAAGCUACAUCGGCGCUCGAUACGCGUACUGAACGACAUAUUCAAAAAUCCUUGCGCAGAAUGACUGCUAAUCGAACUACAUUGAUAAUAGCGCAUCGCCUUUCGACUAUCGUUCAUGCAGACCAGAUCCUCGUUUUGCAAGAAGGAGAAAUAGUUGAAAGAGGAUCGCAUCUUGAAUUGAUGCAAAAAGAAGGUGUCUAUUAUAAACUUUGGAAUAAACAGUUAAAACAUCAUGAAAAGGUUAAAAAAGAAGCUGAAAAUCUGCGUAAUGCAGCCGCCGCUGAUAUUGUAACUGCUACUGUCAACAUAUCUGAAAUAUCAAAUAUCGAUGUUGUCAAUAAAUUCACCGAAGAAAAUAACAAUGUUCUCGAUAAAUUCACCGAAGAGGAAGUUAGCUUUGCUGAAGAGGAGGGGAUAGAUGGUGAUGAUGAAAGGCAUACAACUGCACAUGAAAGCAGUGAUGAAGAGAACAAUGAAGUAAAUGGUGUUUAA